AUGGAGCGGCAUCCGCCACCGGGCCGGCGAGAAGGGGACGAGGAAGGUGGCCCCUGGUGGAGUCGCGAGGAGCUGCUGCGCGUCCUCGAGGACGCCUACUGCGGACAUCUCAGCUUUGAGGUGAAUCAUUUGCCAGACAUGGAGCAGAGAAGGUGGUGGCACUGCGCCGCCGAGACGCCGCGGCCUCCGCCACCAGCGUGGAGAAGGCGGGCCAUGCUUGCGAGGCUGCUCCGUGCCACGCUGCUGACGCAGUUCCUUCGUCUGAAGUUCCCGGCCACGAAAUGGUUUGGGCUCGAUGGCAGCGAGGUGUUGUUGCCCGGCCUUUUCCGCCUUUGCUACCGCUCUGCCGCCCGCGGGGUGGAGCAGAUUGAGAUGGGCAUGCCGCAUCGAGGACGUUUGAACAUCCUGGCGAACAUCCUUGGCAAAGAGUUGAGCCAAAUCUGCUGCGAGAUGCGCGAGGAUCACAGUGAUUUCCACGUGGGAGAUGUGAAGUACCAUACCGGUUACGUGGGCGAGCUCCCGAAUCUCGAGGCCUGGUGGCACGAGCGUUUCGGAGCAACCGACAGCGACCACCUUGGCGAGAGCGUGCGCUCGCCGGUCGUGACCAUCGCGCCGAACCCCAGCCACUUGGAAAUGGUGACCCCCGUCGUGCUCGGCAAGGUCAGGGCGCUCCAGGACCUUGCUGAAACUCGGGAUCGCGGCCUGCAGAGUGUGAUGGGGAUCGUUUUGCACGGCGACGCCGCUUUCGCCGGCAGCGGCAUGGCCUUCGAGGCACUCCAGUUCUCGGAGUUGCCUGGCUACGGCACCGGCGGCACCAUCCAUGUGGUCCUCAACAACCAGGUCGGCUAUACGACGACCCCAAACGAGGGGCGAUCAGCAGCUCACCCGAGUGACGUCGCGAAGGCUUUGGAUCUCCCGAUCAUCCACGUCAACGCGGACGAUGUCGAAGCUGCGGACCGCGCGUUUGGCUUGGCUGCCGAGUGGCGGGCGGACUUCCAGCGCGAUGUUGUAAUUGAUCUUGUGGGCUAUCGGAGGUUCGGCCACAACGAGACAGAUCGCCCCGAUGUUUUUCACCCACUUGCCUAUGCCCGCGUGCGCGAGCAUCCGGAGGUUGCGAAGAUCUACGCUGCCAAGUUGGUUGCUGAGGGCGUUCUCAGCGAGUCCGAGGUGGCGGAGAUGCGCACAGCGAUCUGGAACGAACUGGAUGCUGAGUUCUUGGAGAAAGAUCGGCACAGGAAAGACGGAAUGGACUGGGUGCUCCGGAAGUACCGCGGACGGAUCGACGAGGGUCGGCGGCCGAAGCAGGUGAAGGGCGUGACAGGCGUGCCUUUGGAGACGCUGCACAGAAUUGGCCAUGCCAUGACCGGCAUCCCGGAGACCGUGACGUCGCACUCCGAGGUCGAGAAGCUCCUCUCGAAGCGCCGCGCGAUGUUCGCUCCGGGGGGGCGCAUCGACUUCGCGACGGCGGAGCAGCUGGCCUUCUGCUCGAUUUUGCUGCACCGCGACAUCUGGGCCGGCGACGCCGGGGGCACCGGGAGCUGGGCCGUGGCCGGCAACGAGAGGCUGCCGAACCGCAACGUCCGCCUGGCGGGCCAGGACUGCGUGCGCGGCACCUUCAACCAGCGCCACCUUAUCGUCCAGGACUCCGUGAGGGGCGCUGGCGUCGCUCUGCUGCCCCAGGCCCUGGCACCAGGAAAUCAGGCGAACUUCUAUGCGUACAACAGCCCCUUGUCCGAAGCUGCGGCCCUGGCGUUCGAGUACGGCUAUUCUCUGGGUGACGAGGAUGCCCUGGUUUGCUGGGAGGCGCAGUUUGGAGACUUUGCCAACUGCGCCCAGGCCGUGAUCGACGAGUUCAUCGUCUCCGGGGAAGAGAAGUGGGGCCAGAGUUCCCGGCUCACCUUGCUGCUCCCUCACGGCUACGAUGGCCAGGGUCCAAACCACAGCAGCGCGCGCUUGGAGCGCUUCCUGCAACUCACCAACGAUGAUCCCAACCAUCUCCCUGGAAACUCGCCCGAGGAGCUGCGGGACAUCGAGCGUGCCUUUGAGAUCCUUGACGCGGAUGGCGCAGGCAUCCUGGAGGAGGGCGCCGUCAAAAGCUACAUGGAGAGACUGCCGGCGUUUCAGUCGCGCGAGUUCGAAGAUGAGUGGGAGCUUUGGUUACGAGUGGCCCGGAACAUGAAUCCGGAGGCGACGGGGAUCACUCGCAGAGACUGGCGGAUGAUUAUGCAGCAGCUCUACCGUCGCAACGCUGAGAAGGAUGCCAACAUUUUCGUGCUGAACGUGACUACUCCUGCGCAGUAUUUCCAUGUGCUGCGCCGCCAAGCCCAUCGGCCCUUCAUGAAGCCACUGGUACUGAUGUCGCCCAAGUACCUGCUGCAUCAUGCGAAGGCCACCUCACCGCUGGAGGACUUUGGUGAGCAGAGCCACUUUAUGCGGGUGAUUGUAGACUACAGCCCUUUGGGGAAGGAGUUCGCCAGCCGCUCAGACAACACUCGGCAUCUCAGUACCAGCAGGAGCGGGCGCCCGCUCACCGAGCCGCCGGAGGCCAUUCGACGCGUCAUUCUCUGCAGCGGCCAGGUCUACUACAUGCUUUCGAAUGCUCGGCGGGCCAAGAAGAUCAAAGAUAUCGUCCUCGUCCGCCUGGAGCAGAUUGCGCCGUUUCCCUACGACCGGAUCAUCAAAGCUCUUUCCUACUAUCCGAACGCCGACGUCGUGUGGUGCCAGGAGGAGCCAAAGAACAUGGGAGCAUGGUCCUACGUCUCGCCGAGGCUGGCGACCUGUGUGGAGAGCGACGUGGCCUUCGUCGGGCGGCCGGUCAGUGCCGCACCUGCGACGGGGUCGGCGCAGAUCCACCGCGAGGAAACACGGCUCAUCCUCGACGCUGCUUUUGCCAAUUGA